GGCUGAUGCAUCGAUGUUUUUUUACAUCACUAUUGUACACGCGAUUUAGGCAGCAAAAACGUACAAAAGCGAGUGAUCAAAUUGUGCCAGUGAUACCGCCGCCCGCGGUCGCGAAACGAAUCGAUUGCAGAAGUGCGACAAACAGCGCCGCGAAAGGAAAACAACCGAUGAAAUAUUCUCCCAAAAAAGGAGGAAAAAAUCGCAAGUUGUUGUUGCCGUUGCUGCUGAAAAAGAAAGAGAGAGAGGGCGCUGCGUGUAUGCCUGUGUGUGUGCGUGUGUGGGGGUGAGGAUGUCUCUCUCUAAUGCACAGUGACUGUGUUUUCCUUUUUUCGAUUUUGUUUUUGUGCCCCCCCUUGGCAAACAACAAAAGUCCAAGCAAUCCUUUAUUUUUGCAAGUGUAAAGUUUACAGUGUAUGUGUGCCGCCGAACAACAACAACAUCAGCGACAAAACAAACAGGGCGCACAGCAAAACAAUUCACACACACACGCACCCUCCCCCGCCUGCGCGCGCUUGUGUGUGUGUGAGAGAGAGGGAGUGAGUGAGAGGAAAAUCGAAGAAGUGCUGGCCAAAAAACGGCGAAAAAAAUUUAAUAAAUACCAAAAUCCAACGAUACUAGCAACUAACUAUAAAAAAUCGAACCAAAUCGACUCGAUAUAAUGUCCACCAUUGAGUUCGAAACGAUCGGCAGUCGGCUGCAAUCCUUGGAGGCAAAGCUCCAGGCGCAGAAUGAGUCCCACGACCAGAUCGUCCUCUCCGGUGCGCGCGGCCCUGUCGUUUCCGGUUCCGUUCCAUCUGCCCGCGUCCCGCCCCUGGCGACAUCCGCAUCCGCAGCCACAUCCGCCACCCACGCACCUUCCUUGGGCGCAGGUUCCGUUUCCGGAUCGGGUAUCAGCAUAGCCCAGCGUCCAGCACCUCCAGUUCCUCAUGCGACGCCCUUCGGCAGCGCCAGCGCCUCGUCAUCAUCCUCAUCCGCAUCCGCAUUUGCAUCCGCAGCACCGGCGACGGGCACCUUCGGUGGAACAUACACCCCGCCGACAACUAGAGUGUCGCGAGCCACGCCCACACUGCCCAUGCUUUCUAGUGGUCCCGGUGGUGGACUGAAUCGUACGCGGCCGGUGAUACUUCCGCUGCCCACGCCGCCACAUCCUCCAGUUUCGGAAACGGACAUGAAGCUGAAGAUCAUCAUGGAGCAGACCGGCAAGCUGAACAUCAACGGGCGGCAGUAUCCGACGGACAUCAAUGACCUCAAGCACCUGGGCGACCUGGGCAAUGGGACUAGCGGCAAUGUGGUGAAGAUGAUGCACCUGUCCAGCAACACGAUCAUCGCCGUGAAGCAGAUGCGACGCACUGGCAACGCGGAGGAGAACAAACGCAUCCUGAUGGAUCUGGAUGUUGUGCUCAAAUCGCACGACUGCAAGUACAUUGUCAAGUGCCUUGGCUGCUUCGUUCGCGAUCCGGAUGUGUGGAUCUGCAUGGAGCUGAUGUCCAUGUGCUUUGACAAGCUGCUCAAGCUGUCCAAGAAGCCGGUGCCGGAACAGAUCCUGGGCAAGGUCACAGUGGCGACGGUCAACGCAUUGUCCUACUUGAAGGACAAGCACGGAGUCAUCCAUCGAGAUGUGAAGCCCUCGAACAUUCUGAUCGAUGAGCGCGGGAACAUCAAGCUCUGUGAUUUCGGGAUCAGCGGACGCCUGGUGGACUCCAAGGCCAACACUCGAUCCGCCGGCUGUGCAGCUUAUAUGGCGCCGGAGCGCAUCGACCCCAAGAAACCAAAGUACGACAUUCGCGCAGAUGUGUGGUCACUGGGCAUAACGCUGGUGGAGCUGGCCACAGCGCGAUCCCCGUACGAGGGAUGCAACACGGACUUCGAGGUGCUCACCAAGGUGCUUGACUCGGAGCCGCCGUGUUUGCCAUACGGCGAGGGUUACAACUUUAGUCAGCAGUUCCGCGAUUUCGUCAUCAAGUGCCUCACAAAGAACCAUCAGGAUCGACCCAAGUAUCCGGAGCUUUUGGCCCAGCCCUUCAUCCGGAUUUAUGAAUCAGCCAAAGUAGAUGUGCCCAAUUGGUUUCAGAGCAUCAAGGAUAACCGACUGCGCGCCAAUGGCGAUCCAACGCUCCAGAGGUUACCUAAUUCCUAAUACCAUUUCUUAAACAAUAAUGACAAACAAUGAAGAAAUCCAAUAAACAUAAUCUAACAAAAAAUAAAAGCAAACGAAAAAGAAGAAGACAAACUAUAAACAAAAACCAAACAUUAAAAACUAUCGACAUAAACUGAAAAACAAAACAAAAGCAUUCAAGUAAACCUUGCAACCAUCAACUCUAUAUACAGAUAUAUAAACCUAAAAAUAUAUUUACCUAUAUAUAAUGAUAAUGCCAACCAAACAUAACUACUCAAAAAAAAAAAAAAAAAACGAUAAAAACUCCUCCCAAUUAAAAAAGUAAAAUUCAGAAAGUGUUAUUUUGGAAAGCCAUCAUGAGCAAAGAUUCUUUAAUUCUGCGCGGCCAUCUUUCGCUUUCGCUCCCUUUGGCAUUUACCUGUGUUUCCCACCUGUCGCUUACACAAAAGAACACACAACUCACACGCAAAACUCACUCAUCAACUUGUAUAUAUACAAAACACACACAUCGAUCGAUCACCAACACACAUUCCAAAUGCGAUUACAGCUCAUUUAAAUGUCUUAGAUAUGUUGCCAUUGCGCCGUCAAUCUAUUUAAAUGUACCCUACAAACCCAUCACAUCCCGGAUAUCCUGAUGCUUCCUCAAAAUCCCCGAUAUAUGUCCCCUAAAUAGCCCGAUGUAUCCCCUCCAAACACAAACCUUCUUUCUGCCACUGGCGUACAUUUGAGUGUGCUCUCAUUACUGGUCAUCUAGCCAUUAAGAAUGCACUAAUCUUAAACGAAUCAAUCGUCAAUUUGCAGGGCAACGGCGACUGGAAGUGCGAUCGGUUCUGGGGCCGGAUCUCUCGCAGGAUCAGGAUCAGGAUCCGCAGGUGGAGCUGUAAAAUAUGGUAGGGCGACAACGUAUGCGGGGCAGAGUCCCACAAAUCCGCAGAAGACAAUAAAACCCACUCAGAUACCGAGUUACCAGCAGCAACAGUCGCAGUUUUUCAUGCAAUCAGCCACACAACUACCUCAAACAACAACCACAACACCGACGGCAACGACAAACUGUUUCGGCGGCAGCGGAAACGGAAAUGGAAGAGGAAACGGCAGCGGCGGAAGCGGAAAUGGUAGCGGAAGCAGCAGCAGUGCCAGUCCUCUAUCGCCACCAAGCGCCGGUAUCGGCGAUCUUAACCGGCUUUAUCGCAAAUCGCCGUUCAUGCAGCGAAAACUGAGCAACGGAUCCCAUCAUCCGCACUACAAAUAUAACGACGAGAGCCCCAAGAAGGAGUCCAUGUUUAGUAGCAUCGGUCAAUCGAUUCUACGCAAUCUGACAACAUCGCCCUUCAGCCAAAAGAAACACAAUUCAACUGCAACAACAAUACCACUGCCGCACAACAACCAAACAUUGAUCACGGAUGCAGCAACAGCAGCAGCAGCGGCGGCAACAGCAACAACACCGCCAAAUAUUGCAGCUACAGUGCUCACGACAACGCCAACGACCACGCCCACUUGGCGCCUGCCAACGGAAAAUUCCCAAGCCUACGACAGCUGUGAUAGUAGUAGUAAUGCGACCACGACGACCUUGAAUUUGGGCCUCUCCUCACCCUCCCCCUCGUUGCCGCGCAAGCAAUUCCCCACAGAAUCGCCGACCCUGCAACUCACGAGUCAGCAGCAGCAGCAGCCACAGCGAUUGCAGCCGGGCAAUCAGAGCCCCAUAGUGCUGCAGCGCUUCUACCACCAGCAGAAUCAGCUGCGCGAGAAGGAGGCGGCUGAGCGGUAUCAGCAGCAGCGCCAGCAGCCGCCCGUUGGAGUGACCAGCACGAAUCCGUUUCACAGCAACUAUGUGCCGCCGCCGCCAUCAACGCACUCCACCUCUAGUCAGUCCUCCACGCAGUCGACGUGUUCGCAAAUCGCCAUCAAUCCCGCCAGCAUAUCCCCAUCGUCUGGUUCCGGAACGGGAAACAUGGCGGGAUUGGGAAUCGGUUCGGCUCCGGCAUCGGGAUUGGGGGCAGCUGGUCACUUUGGAGCGGGCGGCACUGGCGAGCAGCUGCAGUAUCAGCCGCUGCCCAUCGCCGCCGAGGCAACGGGAACGAGUCCCACGCUCCAGUCUAGAUCACCGGAACAGCAGUCGGAUUAUGGAGGAAACGGCAACAUGGUGGCCAGUAAGCUGAGCAAGCUGUACGCACGCCGACAACUUUUGGGCCAGAGCUCCAGCAGCGGAGCGAGCAAUAGCAGCCUGGACGGUUGCAGUCGGGAGCAACACGAUGCAGGCUGGUUCAACACUCUUGCCGGUGCCAUGAAGCGACAGUUUGCCACCUAUGUUAAAACCCAAUUGAAUUCCACAGCCACGUCGCCGGUGGCGUCCAGCAUGGAUCGAGACCAGGAGCCAGUGCAUCCGCAGCCGCCGGCGUACAGGAGCGUUGUGAAUAACGGCAGCGGUGGCAAGUCUUACUACUAUCGCACCUUGUCGGCGGCCAGCAGCAGUAGCAAUACCAGCCAGAGCACCUCGCCCACGACGGAACCGCUGCCCGGCGGUGGCACCAGUAGCUUUCUGCGUCGCUAUGCAAGCAGUGGACCGGGAGGUAGCAUCAGCACGCCGCCCAGUCCGCAUAUCUUGGCGGGAUUGGAUCGCAGGCAUCGAAGUCCAGAUCCGCCGCCACGCUACAAUCGCGGACAGUCACCGCUAUUGCUGCGCAAGAAUCUGCUGGAGCUGAGUGGCCAGCCGCCCGGCUCUCCGCUGCUGCACCGAAGAUACGUUUCGGCUUCGCCGCCGCUGCCGCCACCGCGUCGAGGCUCUGAAAGCGUGCCGGGAUCACCGCAGCAUUUCCGCACUCGCAUCCACUAUACACCCGAGCCCCAGAGACGCAUCUACCGUACGAUAGAUCAAUGAGUAGCGCUGCAAAUCAUGGUCAUGUGAUGCUGGUAUGGCUUCGACGACGAUGCCGCCGACGCUGCUGUUCACGACGACAAUCAGGACGAGGAGGUGGGACUAUUGGAGCCCAUUUCCCUGCCCGUCUCGUCAGCAGUCGGCGACUCGCUGUCGAUGCCGGCGUAUGCAGGUGGCCUGGGCACCAGGUUGUCCGGAGCCGAACGGCGAAUCGGCGAUCGUCGGACGUGUUCGGCCAGCGGAUCGUAUUCCAGCUUGUAUACGGAUAAGGACGAAUGGCCAGGUGGAUCGUCCGGUGGGGCAUCGGGUACAUCGACGACCAGAGCUGGAUAUCCGUGGACAUGUGAUUGAUGACAAACGAAAGUGUUCAAAAGUCUUAUACGUUUAAGUGCUUGAGCCUCAGCGAUUCAUCUGUAUCCGCAUCUGCUAGACACUUCGUUUCGUUGCGCAGCUCCAAUUGUACAUAGACAUAUAUCUUAAGGGACCUAUAUAGACACAUCCGAUAAUAGUGCAAUAGUUGAAAGCAAUUCUGUUCGCCCAACAACCGCGCCCCCCCCUGUAACCAAGUCUAUACUGUUCUAUAUAUCUCUGUAUCUGUAUCUCCUUCAAUGGUAACUCUGUAAUCAAAAGUUUACACUUUACACAACGUAACUUAUUUAAUCGUAGCUCUAAAAAGAAAAUGAAACAAAAUAGCUAAAUCG